AUGAUAAAAUAUAUUUUAUUAUUUUUAACCAUUUUAAAUAUUGGUAUUAAUGGUUUAGAGAUUACACCAUUCAGUAUCAAAUUAGCUUUUACAAAAGAAAGAGACUCAUUCAGAGUAACAUGGUGGACCAAAGACAAAAUGAAAUCACCAGUCGCAUUAUAUAGUACCGAAAUGUUUACACCAGAAAAAGAUUCAUCAUUUGCAGUUCUAGGUCAAGUUGAUAAUUAUGAUACUAUAGGUUAUCACGGUCAUCCAACUACUGCUGUUCUCAAUAAUCUUGCUGAAUCUACUACUUAUUUCUAUUGUGUAGGUGAUAAAUCAGAAGGUGUUUAUAGUGAAGUUUUUAAUUUUACAACUGGUUUAAUUACAUCCCCAGGAUUCGAACCAUUUACUGCUGUUUUCUAUGGCGAUAUGGGCUAUGGCGGUACAGGUUUAAAUUCUGAUAACUAUACUGUUGCUAAUGUUUUAAAACGUGCUGAAGAAUUUGAUUUUGUUGUCCAUGUAGGUGAUAUUGCCUACGCUGAUGAAACUGCAGGUUCAUAUAUUAAUGGUAACCAAACUCUUUACAACUUAUUUUUAGACUCGGUUAAUCCAUUAACCUCACAUUUACCUUAUAUGGUUUGCCCAGGUAAUCAUGAUAUUUUUUACGAUUUAUCAUUUUAUCGUAGAACAUGGCAAAUGCCAACCGACAAAGAUAGUAACUCAUGGUAUUCAUUUGAUUACAACGGUGUUCACUUUGUUGGUUUCUCAUCUGAACAUGAUUGGUUAAAAGGUUCAUCACAAUAUAAAUGGAUCGAAAACGAUUUAAAAAAAUACAGAGCAUCAAACCCAGAAGGCUGGUUAGUCCUCUAUUCACAUCGUCCAUUCUAUUGUUCAACAGUUUGGAACUGGUGUGAAAAUGAAAAGGAUCUUUUAAAGAGAGCUUACGUCGAAUCACUUGAAGAGUUAUUAUAUAAAUAUAAUGUACAUGUAUUCCUUGGUGGUCAUGCUCACGAAUUUGAAUUAAGUUUACCAGUAUAUAACAAUCAAACCAUGGGUACCUUUGAAGAACCAAAAGCAACUGUUCACAUCACUGUUGGCACUGGUGGAAAUGUCGAAGGUGAUCAACAUAAUUUCCAAAAACAACCAAUCUGGAGUAGUGGUCAUCGUUACUCUGAUCAAGGUUUUGGUAUGGCCAGCUUCAAUGAAACCCAUUUCAAUUGGCAAUUUUUCUCAAACAAAAAAUCAUCUGUUAUUUUCGAUUUUACUCUCGCUAAAAAUAAAUUUAACUAA